GUCUGUUCCUGUCUGACAAGUUCUGUUGAUGAUGUGUUGUUACGGGGAAUAAGAUAGGAAUUUAAUAAAAUAGCAUACCCUUCUUAAAAUAAGUGUACAAUGAUGAGGAAGCGUCUAUUUCAUUGAUUAAGGAACAACAUGCAGCAUUAAAAUCAGCAAAAUGCCAGCUGUGUUCCCCGGGAUGGGUCAAGGUCGUGCUUGAUGGCAGUUUUGGUGUUACGAUGCGCUGGUGUCCGGGUCUUCUGUGGCUGGACCCCACUGCUCUGUCUGCUGCUAGGCACGUUGCUGGCGUUGCUGUUGCCCUUGGCUGAGGUGGAAGAGAAAUGCCGGGCCACCAUGAGGGGGUUUGCACUCCUCAGGUGCCACCUUUGGGGGAGUGGUGUGCAUUCCACUGUUCAUUCCACCAGCCUCACUGUUCCCUACACUGAGAUCGACAUCCUUUCAUAUAAGCCCAAACCCAACGCAGAGGAUGUUUUGGAAGCAAAAGCAGCUCUCCACCAGGCACUGGAAAUGAAGCGGCUGGGAAAGCGGGAGAAAGCCCACAAGCUCUUGCUGCAUUCACUCAACAUGAACCCGGACUUUGUGGAUGCCCUGACGGAGCUGGGCAUCAUCCUGGAAGAGGAGAAAGACGUGAUCCAGGCAGACCACCUCUAUUCCAAGGCGCUGGCUAUCUCUCCCUGCAACGCGAGGGCGCUGGUGAACCGGGACCGCACGCAGCCCCUCGUAGAAGAGAUCGAUCAGAGGUUCUUCAGCAUCAUCAACAGCAAGGUGCGCAAGCUGAUGUCCAUUCCAAAAGGGAACUCAGCGCUGCGGAGGGUGAUGGAAGAGACUUAUUACCACCACAUUUACCACACUGUGGCCAUUGAGGGGAACACACUGACGCUGUCGGAGAUCCGGCACAUCAUCGAGACACAGUACGCUGUGCCUGGGAAGAGCCUGCUGGAGCAGAAUGAAGUGAUCGGGGUGGACGCUGCCAUGAAGUACCUCAACACCACCCUCCUGUCCAGGGUUGGGUCUGUCACCAUCACAGACAUCCUGGAGAUCCAUCGCAGGGUUCUGGGCUACGUGGAUCCUGUAGAAGCUGGCAGGGUUAGGACCAGCCAGGUAUUUGUGGGGCACCACAUUCCUCCUCACCCCCAGGACUUAGACAAGCACUUGCAGGAGCUGGUGCAGUGGUUGAACUCUGAAGAAGCUAUGAACCUGCACCCUGUGGAGUUCUCUGCCUUAGCUCACUACAAGCUGGUCUACAUCCACCCUUUCGUGGACGGUAACGGGCGCACCUCCCGCCUUCUGAUGAACCUCAUCCUCAUGCAAGCCGGGUACCCGCCCAUCACCAUCCGCAAGGAGCAGCGGGCAGAGUACUACAACGCCCUGGACAUGGCCAACGAAGGGGACGUGCGUCCUUUCAUUCGCUUCAUCGCCAAGUGCACAGAGAUGACCCUCGACACUUUACUCAUCGCCACCACUGAGCAUUCUGUGGGCCUGCCUGAUGCCAGCAACAGCAACGCUUGCAUAGACUGCAAGCAAACAAUACCGGUCAUGAACUGAAAAUGAGUGGGCGGGGGAGGGGGGGAUACAAAAUGUAGUGAAAGAGUUUGACCAAAACUCAAGUUUCGGUAGACAGCAGGCAAGUGGUUGGUUUUCUUAAUGGGAUUCAUGAUAUUUCACAGAAAACAACACAUUGUCUUCCAGGCAGGAUAGAGAGUGA